UGAGACCAGCGAGCUAGUUCUGCGCCGGCCGGCACGCUUGAUGCACGCGUGUGGGACGUUCGCGUCCAACUUCUUCGUGAAUCUACGAGUAUAAAAACUUGUUUUUAAAUACAUUAUAACUGAAAGUUAUUGAACUGUAUUUUAGUUAGUGACGUUAAACAUUUUGCGACUAAUUAAAGUGAUUAUACUGUCAUUGAAUUGUGUGUUGUUUAUUUUUUCUGUGAAACUGCAACGUGUUUGGUUCAACGGACUACGGAGGAGAGACCGAAAUGUCAUCGCAUUAAGGAGUUGACUUUUACGUACUUUUGGUGGUUUAGUGUUGUGUUUAAGAACUAUGUAUGAGGUGAAUAGUCGGACUAUGGGUGCCUUAGCCGUGGUCGUUAGAUGGGCGAUCCUACUCCUCAUCGGAGUGAGUUGGCAUGUCAACUCGCAAACAGUGCAACAGACUACAGAAGUAGACAAUUCGUAUAACUUUUACUAUGAACAGCCAUGUUGUUCUGGGACCGUUUCCAAGAGUAAAUACCACAUGCGACACAGGCGAGACCAUGUUCGCGAAUUCUCGUGUGGCACGCUGUACUACCGAACCUUCUUCGUGGACUCCAAAAGGGAUGCCCUCUAUGUGGGCGCUAUGGACCGGUUGUAUCGGCUGAAUAUGAAUAACAUCAGCGCAUCACACUGCGAAAGAGAUUCAAUAAAUUUGGAGCCCAGCAACGUGGCACAAUGCGUAUCUAAAGGGAAAUCGGAGCACUUCGACUGUCGGAACCACGUUCGAGUAAUCCAACCAAUGGGUGAUGGAUCUCGCCUCUAUGUCUGCGGGACCAACGCACAUAGCCCGAAGGAUUGGGUCUUAUAUUCCAACUUGACGCACCUGCCGCGUCAUGAGUACGUGCCAGGCAUCGGCAUGGGCGUCGCCAAGUGUCCCUACGACCCUGCUGACAACUCCACGGCCCUGUGGGUGGAGAGAGGCAACCCUGGAAGCUUACCUGCCCUCUACUCCGGCACUAAUGCGGAGUUCACCAAAGCGGACACCGUCAUCUUCAGAACUGAUCUCCAUAACUUGACGACGGGGCGACGCGAGUUUGCCUUCAAGAGGACCCUGAAAUAUGACUCCAAGUGGCUUGACAAGCCAAACUUCGUGGGGUCGUUCGACGUUGGGGACUAUGUGCUGUUCUUCUUCCGUGAAACUGCUGUGGAGUAUAUCAACUGCGGGAAAGCGGUGUACUCGAGAGUAGCGCGAGUUUGCAAGAGGGAUACCGGCGGCAAGAACAUACUCAGUCAAAACUGGGCCACAUACUUGAAAGCAAGACUGAACUGCAGCAUACCUGGAGAGUUUCCCUUCUACUUCAAUGAAAUACAGAGCAUCUACAAAGUGCCUGGAGACGACAGUCGCUUCUACGGCGUGUUCACGACAGCAUCCACCGGUCUCAUGGGCUCUGCCAUCUGCACGUUCACUAUAGGCGACAUACAGAAGGCUUUCGAAGGGAAAUUCAAGGAGCAAGCGUCUUCAAGCUCUGCGUGGUUACCGGUGAUCAGCAGUAAAGUGCCCGAACCGAGGCCUGGGACGUGUGUCAAUGAUACCUCGUCUUUGCCUGAUACGGUACUCAAUUUUAUAAGAUCUCACCCACUAAUGGACAGCGCGGUGUCCCACGAGAACGAAAAGCCGAUAUACUAUAAACGAGACCUGUUCUUCACGAGACUCGUGGUGGACAAAGUCAAGGUCGACAUGAUGGGGCAUCAGCUGGAGUACACUGUCUACUAUGCUGGAACCAAUGAGGGCAAGAUUCACAAGAUAGUGCAAUGGAACCGCAACGGUGACAGCCAGUCGGCGUUGUUGGAUAUCUUUGAUGUAACACCGGGUGAACCGAUACAGGCGAUGGCCAUAUCCCGAAUGCACGGUUCUCUCUACGCGGCCUCCGACAGGCGAGUACUACAACUCCGACUGGCGUUAUGCGCUCGUCGCUACGACGCAUGCGUCAGAUGCGCACGCGAUCCCUACUGCGGCUGGGACAGGGACGCCGGCGUCUGCAGGGAGUAUAUGCCGGGAUUAAUACAAGACGUAGCCAAUGAAACCGCUGACAUUUGCGAUUCGUCCAUCGCUCGUAAAAGCGUGUCAGCGACAUGGGGUCAAAGCCUUCACCUCGGCAGCUUCGUCAAGAUGCCCGAAGUGCUGCAGCCGAGAGCAGUCACGUGGUACCACUACUCCAGAGAGAAGGGACGACAUCCGAUCACGUUCAAUAAACCAGAGAAGUACAUUGAGACAUCGGAACAUGGUUUGCUGAUUAUUUCAGUAAAUGAGGCCGAUGCUGGGAGAUAUGAUUGUUGGCUAGGAGGAUCCUUGCUAUGCUCCUACAACAUCACUGUUGAUACGCACAGGUGCUCUCCUCCUGAGAAGAGUAAUGAGUACCAGAAAAUAUAUUCGAAUUGGUGUCAUGAAUUCGAAAAAUAUAAAACUGCAAUGAAAACUUGGGAAAGAAAGCAAGAGCAAUGCUCAAGACAAAAUGACUCAAAUCAGAACACACAUCCAAACGAAAUAGUGUGAUAGCUUCUGAACAUCGCCUAUCUCAUGUUUCAGUCCGUUAAUUAUUAUGCUGGAGCAAUACCGAUACCUUACGUGUCGGCCGGCCUGAAGUACUUCAAUAUAUUCUCGUGAGGAAAUCCGUCAAUAUCAUCCGCUCCAUUACGAUCUCAUAGUGACUCCAUAGUUGUGUACCUUGAGCUCAAGACUUAGUGCAUUCGACCGAAUGUGACUCCCUCUAGCUUUUGUAAAGACGUAUUGAAAGUGUAGUGAAUCUGACUCGUAGUAAUAACAGUGCGUUCCAAACUCUCGGCGGAACAUGAAUAGGUGAUUAUUGGACACUCGAAAUUUUUACGAACACUUUUAUUAUUGAAAAAUAAAUGGAAGGAUAUAAAGAGCGUUGUGCGUUGCUUUGUUGGUAAAUGGAAUGUAAAAUAUUUAGUAAUUGAAAUUAUAAGUACGCUUUGUUCGUUGGCUAAGUGAUAGAACAAUUGUUAGAUUAUGGGAUGGUAUUACUUUGAAUGUUUGUCGAAGAUUUUAUUUAAAGAAGAAUGGCGAACUUGUAUGUAAACUGGGACCCAUUGAUAUAAGAUUCGUACAUAAUUGAAACUUAGUACUACUUGUAGAUCUAUACAAAACUAGCAAAAAAGCAAAUGGAUAAUGAGUUGCAAAAGUUGGAAGAAAAAAGUUAUGCAAGGUAGAAGAUUAUAACCUAAAAAUCUCAAAACGAAAAGAAUAUUUGUGAACUAGGAACUUGGCGACCUGGUUUAAACUAUAGAUGAACGAUGUCUUAAAGAUCGCCUUCACUGUUUGUUCAGCGUAGGCAUCCGAUAAAAGUGUGGGCAGCGCAGACGCCGCGACUACCUACGUUGUGCAGGCGUCGCGUUGUCACGGCAUCAGUGUAAGGGUGACAGAUCAACAUCGAGCUGUGCAGCUGAGCAGUUAAAAAAACAGCACAGUCCAGUGCUGUUUUUUUAACUCGGCCGUCUCUAAUAUUUUAAUGAGGAUACAAACAAACCAUGCUGUGCAGCGCUGUGCGAGGCAAGCUCUAUUUAGUUGACCAAACAUAGCACAGCCUAGCAAAGCUCGAUGUUGAUUUGUCACCCUUAACUCUUGAGGGUUAAUGCAUACGCAGCAUUAGCGCUGCAGGUGCCCGUCGCAUGCACCGCGUAACUGCAGUAAUGUACAAUUGUGCGACUUCUGCGCCGCAGCGGAGAAGUCGCACGAAUUUAUUGUAGUGUCGUUACGUUAGCGCAGCGUGCCGCAACAACGUAGCGCAGGCGUCACGUUGUAGCUCAGCAGCAGUGUGUGUAAAAACAUAUAGGUGUUAAACUAUUACAUAAAAACAUGUUUACUAAAUGAAACAAUAUACUCCUUAUUAAAUA